AUAUGAUAUGAGUUGGACGAUAACGAGAAAUACGAUCAAUUCCAUCUCUGGUACUGUUUGGUUUGCUUGUUCGAAACUGCAAGACGAGCGAGUGAUGGUCCAAAAUUUACAUAUCACUGCCAUUGAAUAUACCUUGAAGUCCGACUGUGACAGACAGACAGAGUAUGUACACAUGCAGUGUAUGUAGAUAAGUUACGUAAGCGGUCCAGGUCAGGACCAGGCUGUUUCUCCCCCGCCCCACUCUACGUUCGUCGGGCUAGCGAAGUGGUCGAAUGCUCUUGAUUGCUCUCGCGCCCCAACGUUCUGCUGCUCUAACCUCCUCUCGACCACUCCGCCAUGCAGUCGCUACCAGAAUCGCGCCAGCAAUCCUUUGAGGAGCUCUACGGCCCGCCCGAGAACUUUCUCGAGAUUGAAGUUAGAAACCCAAUGACCCAUGGCGUCGGCCGGGGCAUGUACACCACCUACGAAAUCGUAAUGCGCACCAACAUUCCCGCCUUCAAACUCAAAUCCUCGACCGUUCGCCGCCGUUAUAGUGAAUUCGAGGCAUUCCGCGACAUUCUUGAGCGCGAGUCGGCGCGUGUCACGAUACCUCCGCUCCCAGGCAAGGUCCUCACAAACCGCUUCUCCGACGAUGUUAUCGAACACAGGCGGGAGGGAUUGCAGCGCUUUCUACAGAUCGUUGUCGGCCAUCCGCUGCUACAAACCGGGAGCAAAGUGUUGGCGGCAUUCGUACAAGAUCCUAACUGGGACCGCCAUGCGUGGUAAAUCGAUACGACACCUAUGAAUUUCGCCUUCAUGGCAACCUUUUCUUGAAAUAUUUCUUAACGACUAGUCACGCGACAUAAUGAAAUUACAAGGUACGACUCCUGGACAGAGUCUUUUAUGCCUGGAAUAUUUUGGUAUUGCUUGAGAAGCACAGGGCAUGAUUCGGAGGGGUGCUUCCAAAGUUUUGAGCUCUUGAGUAGCUAGUGUGGUAGGAUUCCGAUUGGUACGACGCCUGUUCAUACGUAGAUUGUUUGUCUUUCACCUAUACCCUUCUCCUCUGCGAAUGACUCCAUGUCUUUGUCUGAUUGUUUGGGCCUGUUACGCAUGAUCAUGCGAUUCCUAUAACUUUCCUCCUUGCUUGAAGGUGUUGUACCUAGGUUCCCUUCAACCACCUCCAGUGUCAAUCGUCAAGGAUUUGCAAAUCGUAGUACCUUUCCAAUGAUUUUGAUAUACAUGACAGAUGAUGCAGACUUGCUGCAAACACUUGAAGUCAUGAGUCUCUACUUGCUCGGAGGACAGCCACGCGCUAGUGAGCUGCCCAGAGCGGAAAGGCGCGGGGGGUGGAGAAAUCUCUGCCUUAAAAAGGCAGCCAACCCACCCAUCACGAAAUAAUAAAACCAUACAUUUUGCGUACUGCCAAGUUUUCGUGAUCAGCAUGGGCGUUCCAUCUACUCCGGCUUCAAAUGCCAUCAUCUACUUGACCUAUAGCGCAUUCCUGGUAACAGGGUGUUACGUAGCAUGGCGUUUGCGACACCAGUCAAAAACAGAAUGGCUGUCGAGCAACAGGACACAAAAGGGCAUACCGCUGGCUCUUAAUUUCAUUGCAUCGG